GAAAGUAAACAAUUGCAUGUCAAAAACGAAUGUCGUUUGUGCGUUUUCCUGUUUAAUUUUGCUAAAACUCUUAAUUUUCUAGCUUUUCCGCUUAAAAAAUGGAUGAGCUAGAACAACUGGAACACCUUUCUUUGGUGUCGAAGAUAUGCACGGAGCUGGAAAACCAUUUGGGAUUGAACGACAAGGAUUUGGCUGAAUUCAUUAUCGAUUUGGCGGAGAAAAAUCCCUCUCUUGAAGCGUUCAAACGGGUCCUAGCCGAGAAUGGUGCAGAGUUUGCAGAAUCGUUCACAUCCAAUCUGCUCCGAAUCAUCCAGUUGAUGAAGCCUGCCAAGGGAAAAGGCGGCGGCGGUGCUGUGGAUUUCGAGGACGAUGACCGAGUGGGUGGAUUGGCUGUGAAAUUUCCGGGUUUGGCCAUUCCGAACUCUAAGAAAGGAUACGAAUCGGACGCGGGGGAGGACGAUGAGGAUGAAAAACUGGAUAAGACUAAAGUAGGAGGUUCGAAGAAUGAAGUCGACGACAUGUUCGCUGAGUUGGAAAGUAUGGCUCCGUCUACAUCAUCUGGCAAGGGUGAACACAAGAAGUCUCGCGAGCAACAGGAGGUUGAGAAUAUGUUCGCAGAGCUGGAAAAUUUGGCACCAUCAUCGUCCAAAGAUGAACGAGAUGAAAAGCGAAGGGACCGGAGGAGUCGCUCGAAGGAUAGGAAGCGAAGUAGGUCAAGGGACAGAAAAAGGAGUAAAUCAAAGGAUAGAAAGAGGAGCCGAUCGAGGGAUAGAAAAAGAAGUAGGUCAAGAGAUCGAAGGAGAAGUCGAUCUCGUGAUCGUGAUCGGAGAAGACGAUCGAGUUCCCGGCACAGAUCCAGAUCAAGGGAUCGAGAACGGAGACAUAGGAGCAAAAGUCGGGAUCGUGAAAGAGAUCGGCGACAUAGACGAAGUCGUAGUAGAUCGCGGGAUCGACAUCGAAGACAUAGGAGUGGUUCCCGGGACUUCGAGCGCCGACCGCCGCCAAUGCCAGAAGAACCAGAGCCGGGAAAAAUCUACGAUGGAAGGGUAGUCAAUAUAGUGGCGUUUGGAUGUUUCGUUCAGUUGACCAGCUUCCGGAGAAAAAAGGAAGGUUUGGUUCAUAUUUCGCAGCUAUCGUCGGAAGGUAGAGUGAAUAGCGUAACGGACGUUGUCAAUCGUGGCGAUAACGUGAAAGUGAAAGUAAUUUCGAUCGCAGGGCAGAAAAUAUCGCUCUGUAUGAAGGACGCAGAUCAGCAAACUGGGCAAGACUUGAAUCCUCUGUCGCACGCUCAUUUGCAGGAAAAUAGUGAUCUGGCUAAUAGAAACCCGGAUCGACCGAUGAAUGUUCCGUCUAUGCUCAAUUUGCAAGACAACGUGGAAUCUAUAGAGGAGACAUCGAGAAAGAAAGUGACUCGCAUAUCCAGUCCGGAGCGAUGGGAGAUCAAGCAAAUGAUCUCGUCGGGAGUAAUUGAUCGCAGUGAAAUGCCUGAUUUCGAUGAGGAGACCGGUUUGCUUCCGAAGGAUGAAGACAGCGAGGCGGAUAUUGAAAUUGAAAUAGUUGAAGAUGAGCCUCCAUUCUUGCAAGGACAUGGUAGAGCACUUCAUGAUUUAUCGCCCGUUAGGAUUGUAAAAAAUCCAGAUGGUUCUUUGGCGCAAGCCGCUAUGAUGCAAUCUGCUUUGGCUAAGGAGCGUCGCGAGCAAAAAAUGCUUCAGCGGGAGCAGGAGAUGGACUCGGUUCCGGCGAAUAUGAAUAAGAAUUGGAUUGAUCCACUGCCGGAGGAAGACACUCGUUCAUUGGCAGCAAAUGUUCGAGGCGUUGGAAUGACCAUGCAAGAUGUGCCGGAGUGGAAGAAGGCGAUUAUCGGUGGAAAGAAAUCCUCUUAUGGUAAAAAGACGGACAUGAGUCUGGUGGAACAACGCCAAUCGCUGCCAAUCUACAAGUUGAGAGAUGAUCUGAUCAGAGCCGUAACGGAUAAUCAAAUUUUGAUUGUUAUCGGAGAGACUGGUUCGGGGAAAACUACGCAGAUUACGCAAUAUCUUGCGGAAUGUGGCUUCAUUGCCAGGGGGAAGAUUGGGUGUACUCAACCGCGUCGUGUGGCUGCCAUGUCGGUGGCCAAACGUGUUGCCGAAGAAUAUGGUUGCCGUUUGGGGCAGGAAGUCGGUUAUACGAUCCGUUUUGAGGACUGCACCAGUCAGGAAACUGUAAUAAAAUACAUGACAGACGGUAUGUUGCUUCGUGAGUGUCUUGUGGAUUUGGAUCUGAAAUCGUACUCGGUUAUUAUGCUGGAUGAGGCGCACGAAAGGACAAUCCACACAGAUGUGCUGUUCGGACUGCUGAAACAAGCCGUGCAAAGACGACCGGAGCUGAAACUGAUAGUGACCUCGGCCACGCUGGAUGCCGUCAAGUUUUCGCAGUAUUUCUUUGAGGCUCCCAUUUUUACCAUACCCGGUCGGACGUUCCCGGUGGAGAUGCUGUACACUAAGGAGCCCGAGACGGACUAUUUGGAUGCAUCGUUGAUAACGGUCAUGCAAAUCCACUUACGUGAACCCCCCGGCGACAUUCUGCUCUUCCUCACCGGUCAGGAAGAAAUUGACACUGCCUGCGAAAUUCUGUACGAGCGGAUGAAAUCUCUCGGCCCGGACGUUCCUGAACUGAUUAUCCUCCCUGUUUAUUCGGCUCUGCCCUCGGAAAUGCAAACUCGUAUUUUCGAUCCGGCUCCACCCGGUAGCCGAAAGGUGGUCAUAGCUACGAACAUCGCAGAGACUUCACUCACCAUCGACGGUAUCUACUACGUGGUUGAUCCAGGCUUCGUCAAACAGAAGGUAUACAACUCGAAAACAGGGAUGGAUUCCCUGGUUGUUACACCGAUUUCUCAAGCAGCCGCCAAACAGAGAGCCGGUCGUGCCGGGCGAACUGGGCCGGGUAAAGCAUAUCGUUUGUACACGGAACGAGCCUACCGAGAUGAAAUGCUCCCAACUCCAGUACCGGAAAUCCAACGAACUAAUCUUGCAACUACGGUUCUCCAGCUGAAAACGAUGGGAAUUAACGAUUUACUACAUUUUGACUUCAUGGAUGCCCCACCAGUUGAAUCACUGGUGAUGGCCUUGGAGCAACUUCAUUCCCUAUCGGCACUGGACAACGAAGGUCUGCUCACACGGUUGGGUCGUCGAAUGGCCGAAUUCCCUCUUGAACCUAAUCUGUCUAAAAUGUUAAUCAUGUCCGUGGCGUUGCAAUGUUCCGAUGAAAUCCUCACAAUCGUUUCUAUGCUGUCUGUGCAGAACGUUUUCUACCGACCGAAGGAUAAGCAAGCUCUAGCCGACCAGAAGAAAGCCAAAUUUAAUCAAAUCGAGGGCGACCAUUUGACGUUGCUGGCGGUGUAUAACAGCUGGAAGAAUAACAAAUUCUCCAACGCGUGGUGCUACGAAAAUUUCGUUCAGAUAAGAACGCUCAAACGGGCCCAGGAUGUCCGAAAACAACUGUUGGGCAUUAUGGAUAGACACAAGUUAGAUGUGGUCUCCGCCGGAAAGAACACCGUUCGAGUGCAGAAGACUAUUUGUUCUGGAUUCUUCCGGAAUGCUGCCAAAAAGGAUCCGCAGGAAGGGUAUCGUACGUUGGUUGAUUCGCAGGUGGUUUACAUCCAUCCCUCGAGUGCGCUGUUCAAUCGACAACCUGAGUGGGUUGUCUACCACGAAUUGGUCCAAACCACGAAGGAGUACAUGCGGGAAGUGACAACGAUCGAUCCCAAGUGGCUGGUAGAGUUUGCACCGGCUUUCUUCCGCUUCUCAGAUCCUACGAAGUUGAGCAAGUUCAAGAAAAACCAACGUCUGGAACCGCUGUACAACAAAUACGAAGAACCCAACGCGUGGCGUAUCAGCCGAACCCGAAGGAGACGAAACUAAGCAAAAAUUCGUUCUGUUUAUUACUUUAUUCUAGUGUUCUCUUACAUCAAUUAAGCAUCCUAAAUACAUUAGGACUAAACAGUAUCACCCCCAAUGCAGAUGCACUGGUAA